AUGGAAAGUUUAUCUAUUCAAUUGAAUGAUUUACCUAAUGAAAUUCUUUUGAUUAUUUUGAAAAAAUUGCCCAAUAUUGAUGUACUCUAUUCUUUAAUAGGUGUUAAUAAACGACUUGAUACUAUUGUGCAAGAUUCAAUUUUUACAAGAUAUUUAACAUUUAUGACAUCUUGCAAUGAUUUAAGUCCAAUUGCUGAACCAAUACUUAAUCAAUUUUGUGCUGAAAUUUUACCUAAAAUUCGUCAUAAAAUUUUAUGGCUCAAUCUUGAACCAUCAUCUAUGGAUCGUAUUCUUCUUUCAACAAAUUAUCCUAAUUUAUGUGGACUGGCUUUAUACAAUCUUAUAUCAGAAAGAGCGAGAGAACUUUUUUCUAAUAAAAGUUAUUUAAUUCGAAUUUUCAAAAAUCAAUUAUCAUCAAUUGUUAUUCAUAUUAAUAAAUGUCAAGAAUCAACAAGUUCAAUUAAAGAUACAAAUAUAUUUAUAUUUACACAAAUCUUUACAAUGUUCAAAAAUUUACAAUAUUUGAAUUUUAGUCCAUUUAAUGGUUCUAAUUAUCAUCGAUUAACAUUUGGUGUAUCACCUCCAAAUAUAUUAUCUUCAACUUUAUUACAAUUACGUGUCGUCAUUGACUCUUAUGAAGAUUGUCUUUAUUUACUUGAUGGUCGUUUUAAUCAACUUAAUACAAUCUAUGUUACCAUUUGUUUGUCAAAGGUACCUACGUUAUCAGUGAUCAAUAAUAAAAAAAAACUUCCAAAUUUGAAAUGUUUUCAAUUAACUCAUAGAUCUAUAUUAUCAGUCUAUAAUAAUAUUCUUAUUCCACUAUUACAUCGAAUGUCAAAUUUAGAAGAACUUGGUUUAUAUUUUGAUAGUUUUAAUGCAGAAAUUAUUGAUGGUUAUAAUUUGGAAGAAAAUAUUUUGAAUCAUAUGACAAAAUUAAAAAAUUUUCAAUUUAAUAUACGUUCAAUUAUUCCUUUUAAUAAUCAAGUUAAUUUACCAUCAAAUAAUGCUAUUCAAAAUACAUUUAAAAAUUUUAAAAACUCUAAAAUUAUUUCAUGUAUUGAUUGUCUUCCAAAAGAAAAUCAAUUUCAUUGUCAUAUUUAUUCAUAUCCAUAUGAAUUGAUAUAUUAUAAUUAUAUAACAAACAAUUUUCGUGGUGGAUUAUUUAAACAUGUUUAUAAAAUAUCAUUAGUUGAUGAACUUCCUUUCGAACAUGAAUUUUUUCUUCAAAUUACUAAAUCUUUUCCAUUUGUCAGCGAACUACGUAUACAUAAUCAAGAACCACAAAAGAAUAACAAACAACAAUACUCAAUUAUAGAAUAUCCUCAUCUUACUAAACUUGCCAUUGUUCAAAGUCAUGAAAAUUAUUUGGAACAAUUUUUAAAUAAUAGUAAAAUGUAUUUAUCAAAUAAUAUUUAUCUUUUUGUGGAUUAUAAUUCCUUACAAAGAGUAACGGAUAAUUUUACAAGUGAUACUACACGAAUGAAUUGUACCAAAAUUAAAUGUCUCAAUAUAAACAUUCAACCAGAAUUAUCUCUAGAUUUAAUAAAAGACUAUUUUCCUCAUGCAGAACUACGUUGA